GCGAGGGCUACCGGGACGUGAGCAUCACCAACAUGACCACCUCGUUCCGCGAUGGCCUGGCCUUCUGCGCUAUCCUGCACCGACACCGGCCCGACCUUAUAAACUUCAAUGCCCUCCGGAAGGAAAACAUUUAUGAGAACAACAAGCUGGUGAGUAGGCCAGCUGAUGCCCACUGCCCUGUCCCCUAAGCCCUCUGCCUCAGACCCCCCCUCAUGUCUGAAGAACCACUGCACCUCAGUGGAGCAAGCCUUCCCCUAGGCUAUCCUGGGGUUCCAUCCUGGGGAUUUGGCCUCAUCUUAGAUCCUAGGCCCCAGGCACCCUCUCUCCCUCUCUGGGAUCCCAGGAAGUAGCAGCCAACCUCCUCUGUGGAUGGCCUGUCUGAUCCACCCAGGACGGAGCAAGGCCACUGCAAGCUGUGGGUCCUGGGGGUGGACAGGACUGCUCCCUGGUCCUGGGGGACCACCUUCCCUGGCCCCUUGAUUCCAGACCUAUCUGUACCCUCACCAGGAGAGCCUUUCUUGUGCCAGCCUAACUCCCCCUGCUACAAAAUAAGCCCCACUGUUCCAUGGACUGAAGUGUAUCUGUUCUUGCUCCGAGCCAAGCAAUGUCCACGUGGGCCCCUGAGCUGACAUCACUGAGCAGGACUGAGACAGUGGACAUGAGAUGGCUUUUUUAUCCAGGCAGGGCAGCCUCUGCGACUUAAUGAUCAUGAACCACAAUUAAAGGCUCAGUUCCCGGCCAAGCAUGGUGGCAGCACAUGCUUUUAAGCCCAGCACGUUGGGCUGGGGAUAUGGCUCAGGGAGGGAGACCCAAGUUCAGAUCCCCAGCCCCCAUGUAACUGCCGGAUGAGUGUAGUAGCUGGCCUGUAAUGCCAGCGCAUGGGAGGUGGGGUCAGGGAACACCAGGAGCAAGCUGGCUGGCCAGAGUAGCCCAUUGGCCAACUUGGGAUUCAAGCGAGGGACCCUGAAUCAAUACACAAGAUGGACAGUGAUCAAGGAAGGCAUCGGUGUCACCCUCCAGCCUCCACACACAUGGGCACAUGACAUACAGUAUCUGACAUGUACACCCGCACACACUUGAACAUGUGUGUACCCCCCACAUGCAUGUAAAAAUAAACAUGGUAGAGAGCAAUUGAGAGAGACAUUGGCCUUGACCUGGCUUCCACAUCCAUGUGUAUAUGCCUGCAAAAAAAUACACACAUGCAUGUGCGCAAGAGUCAGCUCCUCUGGUGUUGACUGCACCACAGGAGCACAGAGCCAGGCUCGCUGGGACACUGCUGUAACAGCCCUGGGCUUGAGACAGGAAUGCGUGCUAAGGAGAGGGGGCUGGGCUGCCUGGGUGCCUGCUGGCAGGUGUGUGGAUGCUCUGAGGCAGUCAUCCUGGCUGGAGUGGUGCGCGGGCAGAGCCUCGGGGCUGCAGAGUGCUGGGAAGGACACAGUUGAGGGGCUGGCCGGUGGCUAAGGGUCUCGAGGCAGGUGCAGGGCAUGGCAGAGGAAGGACUUUGGUCUCUCCCUCCCAGCCAGUGAAACUGGGUUCCUGGGAAGCAUGAACCUGGGGCUCUCCAUCCCCAGACUCUGCAGGAGAAAGGAGUGUGUGGCGAGGAGGUCAUACAGAAGGCACAAAUGGCCCUCAGUGGGAGUGGCCAAGCACUAGGCUUGCUGUGCGGGUCAGAGGAGAUCUGAGGCUUGGUAUGAGUGUGCCAUGGGGGCACUAGGGAGCUGAACAUGUGGCAGCAGCAUAGGAACCCAGACUUGGCAUCCAUAUGGAGGCCACACAGGCAUGUGGAAGAGGAGAGACAGUGAAGGGAACUAAGGGAGAGCUCUCGGAGUCACCAGGAUGUGGGGCGUCACCAAGGCCAUGACAUCAGUGCCUCUGCCCUGGACUAAAGGGAGCUGGUGGAGCUUUACUUUUUAUGCAUUCUGUUUUGCAGUCCUGAGAUUUGAACUCAGGGCUUCACACAUACUAGGCCGGUAUUAUACUGAGCCAUACCCCAGCCCCUCACUGGGGGAUUCUAGGCAGAUGCUCUACCACUGAGCCACAGCCCACCCCCUCACUCGGGCAUUCUAGGCAGGGGCUCUAAGGCUAAGUUGCAUUCCCAACCACCCUUUAACUUUUAUUUUGAGAUAAUAUUACUAAGUAGGCCUGGCUGCUCUUGAACUCACUCUGUAGCCCAGAAUACCCCUGAACUCAUAAUCAGCCUGCCUUGGCCUCCCAGGUAUCUGGGAUGAUAGACCUGCAGCCACAGUUGGCAGUCUGAUGAGGGCUUGAGUGGGUGGAAGUCACUGGCAACCAAAGGUGGCUGUCUCAGUGAGGCCAAGAGUCAGAUGGAGACAGGGAGUACAGAGGGGUGUCCCGGGGCUGCCUGGCAAGGGAAGCAGAUGGGGAGGGCAACCAAGGCCAUAGGUCAGUAGUUAGAGCCUCCAUGGGCUUUGGUCCUAGAGGUGGGCAGCAGAUGGUGGAGGUGGGAAAGGCACUGCGCUGGCAAUUAUGGGGUCUGGUAUGCAGCAGGUGCUCUGUGGGGAUCCUGGCCUUCCCAGCCUAGUGCUUCCCAUUCCCUGGCUUGGGGUGUCAGGCGCCCCAUAGACAACCGCUCUAAGUAGAUGAGGUUUGGCUCAGUAGGGCUCUGGAGGCUCGGCGCUGUUUCCAAAGUGAUGAACUCCAAGGGUGGAGUGAGGACAAGACUCCAAGAGCCUCCUAGAGCCAGGCCUGGCAGUACAAGCCUGUAGACCCAGCUACUCAGAAGGCUGAGACAGGAGGGUCACAAGUCCAGGGCCUUUCAGGUGGCUGAGGAACAGUUGGGCAUCCCUGCCCUGCUAGAGGCCGAGGACAUGGUGGCCUUGAAGGUUCCAGACCGGCUGAGCAUCCUCACCUACGUGUCUCAGUAUUACAACUACUUCCACGGCCGCUCCCCAAUUGGGGGCAUGGCUGGUAUAAAGAGACCCUCAUCAGACACAACUGAAGAACUCUCUGGAAAGAAGGUUCUGGCCGAGCCUACCAAGUUACCCUCACCUGCUCCAACGCAGAGGUCACCACUGUCUCCAGCGAGGACAAACCUAGUGGUUCAGAGGAAUGACGGUGGCUUGGAGAGGCCAUCCCCAAAGGCUGCACUGGGGACGGCGGGCAGCUCUGUCAGCAGCAGCUGUGGGGUCUGCGGCAAGCACGUUCACCUGGUGCAGCGGCACCUGGCUGAUGGCCGGCUCUACCACCGGAGCUGCUUCAGGUGUAAGCAGUGUUCCAACACGCUGCACUCAGGGGCUUACCGUGCCACGGCAGAGCCGGGGGUCUUUGUCUGCACGCAUCACGGCCCGGAAGUCACCUCUCCAAGCCCCAAGUUGUCAAGCCUGGCCUCGAGGCAGCCAGGGGUUUCUGCUGCAGACAACAAGCCAACUGGCAUCUCACGGAGGGUUCAGGAGGCAAACGGAGAGGUGACCCCGCUGAGGGCCAGGGCAGCAGCCUGGGAACCCGCUGUAGGCAACAAGACUGCCAAAGGUUUUGUCCGAAAUGAUCCUGACCCUCCAGCUACCUCCCAAGUCCAUGUGGGGAGCCCUGCAGGGCCCAGGCUGCCCACGAGCCCAGUGGCCACUACUUCUGUGAACAGCAAGGCCAGCACCCGUGUGACCAACAGCUCCGCAACACAAUGGUCACCUGCCCAGAGCGGCACAGUGACCGCCGGCUCCCAUCCUGUUGUGUCCCCAAGUGCUCUGGACUCUAAACCAUCUGUACCCCAAGGCCACACGGCUUCAAAAGGUGUUAAGACUCAGCUCAACUCCAGCACAGAAUCUCCAAGCACAGCAGCCACCACAGCCUGGACCCCCUCAGCCUCUAGGACUCAGCAGGCCCGAGAGAAAUUUUUCCAGAACCGUUCCCCGGGCCCAACCCCAGCCAGCAGCAGUCCUGCUGGCAGGGUCCCCGCUGUGGUGACUGCCUCCAAUGGCAGGGCCCCCCAUGUGGUGAAUGCCCCCACCAGCAGGGUCCCCACUGUGGUGAGUGCUGCUGAUGGCAGAAUGUCCACUGCGGUGACUGGCCCCGCUGGUGGGGUCUCCACUGUGGUGAAUGUCCCCACUAGCAGGGUCCCCACUGCGGUGACUGCCCCUGCUGGUGGGGUCCCCACUGCAGUGACUGCCCCUGCUGGCGGGGUCUCCACUGUGGUGAAUGUCCCCACUAGCAGGGUCCCCACUGCAGUGACUGCCCCCGCUGGCGGGGUCCCCACCACAGUGAAAGCCUCUGCCAGGGCAGCCUCUGCUGUUGUGGAUUCCCCUGUCCAGGAAAGCAGCCGGGAGCAAGCACUCAGUGUCCUCAGGAAGGCCCUGCCGGGGCUGACAGGAGCUACUACCCAGGCUCCCAGGAGGCCCUCCCCAGCCACUUCCUCUGUCUCAGUCACCCUUCCCAAGAGCGAAGUGCCUCCAAACGCCCCCUCAGCCAAGCUGCCACAUUCAGCCACCCCCCAGGCCCUCAGCUCUACUUCAAAGAUGGAGACUAUGGCCCCUCCGAGUGUGGGCAAUUCUCCAUGGGCAUCUGUAUCACUCCAAGCUGGCAAAAAGAGCCAGGGCCUAUCUCCAGGGGUUCCCAGGACUGAUGCUGGCUCAAGGUCACAAGCAGAGGUGGCAGCAGUAAAGGGUCCAGGCUCCACCUCUCAGGAAGGCCAGGAGGAGGGGCCAGAAGCAUGGAGGGCUCGCCUGAAGCCUGUGGAUAAGAGAAGCCCAGCUGGGAGGGCUCUGGAGCAAAAAGAGCCAAGGACAGGGGACACUCCCAGAAAAGUCUCCAGCAGCUGUGACUCCAGCGUCCACACUAUUCAGAGCAAGGGGUCACCACACCCUGCUGGUUCCAGGCCCAGCCUUCCAGCAGCCUCCUCUCCUUCUCUGGCACACCGCAAGAAACUAGCUGUCCCUCCCAGUCUUGAUGUUUCUGCUGAUUGGCUCCAGCCAGAGCCCAAGAAGCAGGAAGGUCGGACCAGGAACUGGAGAGAGGAGGAGAAGGCACCCACCUGGGGGACAGGAGAGAAGCCUGCGAUCCCAGACAGUAGCCUCGCUGCUCCUGGUGAGGCUGUGAUCUCCCCAGUCAGGCUGCACCCCAGCUACAUCCCCCAGGAGGAGCUGCAGAGGCAGCUGCAGGACAUUGAGCGUGAGCUGGAUGCCCUGGAGCGCAGGGGUGUGGCGCUGGAGAAGAAGCUGCGGGCGGCUGAGGGAGACGCUGCCGAGGAUGCCCUCAUGGUGGACUGGUUCCGGCUUAUUCACGAGAAGCAGCUGCUGCUGCGGCUCGAAUCGGAACUCAUGUAUAAGUCCAAGGACCAGCGCCUGGAGGAACAGCAGCUGGACCUCCAGGGCGAGCUUCGCAGGCUGAUGGAGAAACCGGAGGGUCUGAAAUCUCCUCGGGACUGCCAGCGGGAGCAGGAGCUGCUGAAUCAGUACGUGAACACCGUGAAUGACCGCAGCGACAUCGUUGACUUCCUGGAUGAGGACCGGCUCCGGGAACAAGAGGAGGAUCAAAUGCUGGAGAGUAUGAUCCAGAACCUGGGCCUCCAGAGGAAGAAGUCCAAGUUCCGACUUUCCAAGAUCUGGGCCCCGAAGAACAAAGGUGGCGAGACGUGAGCUGCAUAUCUCCGGCCUUUCUCAGGAAGAGACUGGUGCUGUGGCCCCAGACAGGAUGCUUGGGGGUACCAGGGCCCGUGCCUUGCACUCUGGGGCCUUGUAACCUCAAUAAAGACAUUGACAUUCCCA